AUGCCAGUGGCAGCCUCUGUGAGACACUCUGCCUCCUCCUUGUCUUCUCUACAGAAAUACCAAGUGGUUACACAUGAGGCUGGCAGAGCGCUUCCGACUCGGGCUCCCCAAAUGAAGGGCUCGAGGUGGGCACUAGUGGUGCCGGGACCUCCGUGUGUCAGGUUGGGGAUCAUGUUAGUGUUGGCGCUGAUUUUCCUGCCAACCUUGUACUGUGACCUGGGAUCUGUAUAUUACUCUUCUUAUGAAACAGUCAUCCCCAAGAGCCUGACAGUCAAGGGAAGGGAAGACCCAGUGGAAAAGGCAUCCUAUAUGCUCUUAAUGCAGGGCCAGAAAUGGAUGAUUCACCUGAAGGCGAAGAGAGACUGUUUUGUGAAGAACUUUCCAGUCUUCAGCUACCACGGUGGCGUCCUGGGGCAAGAAAUGCCUUUCAUCUCACAUGACUGUCACUAUGAAGGCUACAUAGAAGGAGUCCCGGGUUCUUUUGUUUCUCUCAACACCUGUUCAGGCCUCAGGGGCAUCCUGAUUAAGGAGGGGAAACCCUAUGGCAUUAAGCCCAAGGACACUUCGAAACGCUCUGAACAUGUGUUGUACACGAUGGCACACCAAGCUCGAGUCUCCUGUGGGGUCACUUCCAAAGGCAGCCAAGUGGCGCCUGCCAGCCGGCAGCAGGGGAGCAGGAAGCCUCACAGUCCACAGGCACCGUCCUCCUUUUGGUCACACACCAAGUACGUGGAGAUGUUUGUCGUGGUCAACAACCAGCGGUUCCAAAUGUGGGGCAGUGACGUCAGUGAGACAGUCCAGAGGGUCAUGGACAUCACCGCUCUGGCCAACAGCUUCACCAGGGGGAUAAACGCAGAGGUGGUGCUGGCUGGAAUGGAGAUUUGGACCGAGGGGGACCUCAUAGAAGUCGCGGCGGACUUGCAAGUUACACUCGGGAAUUUCAACAGCUGGAGACAGGAGAAGCUCUCCCGUCGUGUGAAGCACGAUGUUGCCCACAUGAUCGUCGGACAUCGUCCUGAAGGAGACGUGGGACAGGCAUUUCUCAGUGGUGCCUGUUCAAGUGGCUUUGCGGCAGCCGUUGAGUCCUUCCAUCAUGAAGACGUCCUCCUGUUUGCAGCGCUCAUGGCCCAUGAGCUUGGGCACAACUUGGGCAUUCGGCACGACCACUCGGCCUGCGCUUGUAGAGAUAAACGCUUGUGCCUCAUGCGUGAAAAUAUCACCAAAGAAGGUGGCUUCAGCAACUGCAGCUCUGAUUACUUCUACCAGUUCCUCCGGGAACACAAAGGGGGCUGCCUAUUUAACAAGCCUCGGCCCCAACAUCGCCUGCGUAGGAAUGCAGAGUGUGGAAAUGGUGUGUUGGAGGACAAUGAGGAGUGUGACUGCGGACCUGACUGUGGUAAUAACCGGUGCUGUGACCAAACAUGUAGGCUGAAGGAAAAUGCAAAGUGUAGUCCUGGACCCUGCUGUAAUGAAACAUGUGGAUUUGCAGAAAAGGGAUUCAUAUGUCGUCCUGUUCUUGGAGAGUGUGACCUUCCUGAAUAUUGUGAUGGUACGACUGCAAUAUGCCCCCACGACACAUACAAGCAAGAUGGUACAACUUGUGAAAGAGUUCACUAUUGUGUUCAGGGUGUGUGCAGGACCCCGGAUAUUCAAUGUCUACAUGUUUUUGGGUACCCUGCAAGGUCUGCCCCAGAAGACUGUUACAUUUCCAUGAACACCAAAGGAGACCGAUUUGGAAACUGUGGCUUUCCCACAUCACCUAGGUCAGAAUACAUUAAAUGUGAGGAUGAAAACAUAUAUUGUGGGAAAAUCAUAUGUACAAAUAUUAAACAUGUACCAGAAAUUAAACCUAAUCAAACAAUGAUUCAGGUCCCUCAUAAAGAUGAUUUCUGCUGGAGCAUGGAUGUCUAUGACAUUACUGAUAUCCCUGAUAACGGAUAUGUGCACAUUGGCACUCUUUGUGCCCCAGAGAAAAUCUGUAUGAAUCGCUCCUGCACUGAUCAUGCUGUGCUCAACUACGACUGUGAACCGAAAGAAAUGUGUAAUGGGAGAGGAGUUUGCAACAAUUUAAAGCACUGCCAUUGUGAGGCUGGCUAUGCACCCCCUGACUGCAAAACUGCAGGAAAUGGGGGUAGUGUGGACAGUGGCUCUCCUAGUGCACCACACCCAGGUGAAACUCAAAACACUACCACUGUUCACAAAGAUAAAGAAAAUUUCUCAGACUAUUUGCUCAUAUUACUCCUGAUACUUUUGGGCACAGUAUUGAUAAUUGUUUGUGUCAUCAUCCUUUGUAAAUGUACAAAAGAAGCUCAUCCAGAACCCACAGAAAAGGGUCCAGAAAAGGCUGUGGAACUUUUUUCGGACACGUCAUCUUUCAUGUAA